AUGCUGGCCGUGACGGUGAGCCAGGUUGUGGCGCUGCUCACCUCGGCUCUUUCCGGCACGGAGGGCGGCGGCGGCGGCAUGGCGGUUGGGACGACGACAAAGGCGGCGGGAUCCGAUAAGGGCGAGCGCUGGCGAUGUUGCGGCGGACAGGGGCACGACCACUCGUCGUCGUCGUCGGCGGGGUACUGCUGCGUGUGCAUAUCGGCGUGCCGCGACGGGGAAGACAUCCGGAGGCUGCCCUGCGGACACGCCUUCCACCGGGACUGCGUCGACCGCUGGCUGGCGCGCUGCCGCCGGACGUGCCCGCUCUGCCGCCUGCACAUCGGUGGACCUGCCGUGGGUAUGGUCGAGCAGCAGCUCAGCGAGGACCUCGUCAUCUGGUUCUCUUCGCUCUUUGUCGCCGGCUUAUAA